CCAAGCCCCGCGUCGCGUCCACAGCCGUGGCGGACAACCGAGGCGCUCCUUUUCCACGUUACAGAAGCCCCAUUUUUUUCUCCCCUUGGUCUUCCCCCUCCUCCUCCCAUUCCCACCAAGCAACCAGCGCGACAAAAGCGGAUUAUUCAGGAUGGUCUCGGCAUGGCGCAAAAGCCGCGGAGAAAUGCUGUUUUUUUAGCCGCCGACAGCGGAGGACCGCCCGAGCUUGUUGGUGAAAAUGGAAAAAAAGGAUACAAUGCCCGCCACGCUUGUUGUGCAUUCCACUGGAGCCCCGCGGACGUGGGGUGUGAAUGACUUGUGGCUGUAGGGUGUCGUGAGGGGGCCAGCUUCCUGCAAGUGCGCACGCACACGGGCGCACACAUAAACAGCCUCCAGGGGGGAGGGGGCUGACUGGUGGCUCUCUGGUGGAGAGCACACAUCGGUGCCCAGGAGACCUGAGGCCUGGUCCUCCAUAUGAGGCCCUGCUCAAGGGGCAGGGGGGGCUUCUGAGUGUGCCCAAGGGCCAUUGAAAGCCCCCUUGAGGAGUUUCAUAAAUACACAGUGAACGAGAAAAGACUCCUGGACGAUUGUUAUUGUUUUUACACAAUUUCUCUUCUGCACAAACAAACCACACACAUACGUACUGGGGCGGGCGCACACACUCACAUAGACAAGGACGUGAGGGAGAAUGUUGGAGGUCCAAGAGGAGAGGCCAGCGGCGGCAGGUACAGCAGCGACACAUUUCAGCAAGAAGGAGCGUGGCAAAAAGGAGCGAGAGGAGUCCAAGGACGGACGGGGGAACCUCAGCAACCUCGGCAAUCCCGGCCCCAGGAACGUCCGUGCCAAGGCGCCGCUCGCACACGCGGGCAGUCCCCACCAGCACCUCACUUCGCCGUGUUCUGUCGUACUGGUAACCCCAUCAAUGCACUCCAAUAGGCUAAAGAACUCCCCAUCCACCAACACACAAAGCCCGAAACCUAAGACGGAGGCCAUGGUCCGCUCACCUCCCGUCAUGUCCCCCUCCACUGCCUCCCAGAUGGACUCUAAAAUGCCCAAUCAGGGUAAGCCAGGGAGUGCUGGCAGCCAGUCGCAGCCCUCGCCCUGCGAUCCCAAGACCCUGGGUGCCAAAGGAGCACAAAAUGUGGCAGGGGGUAUCGGGCUGAAGAAUGGCCAGAGCUUGACCUCUGGACCCAGCUCCAAAGUGAAAGUGAAAAGAGAGCGAAGCACAUCGGUGGAGUCGUUUGAACAGCCGGAGAGCGGAACGCCCACCAUUGAGGAAAAAGACAAUAGCAGGGUGAAAAGGAUGUGUGUGGCAGAGAGGAGGCAGCCUUACAGUGGAGCCGACUGGUGCUCGGGGGGAGAAAGUGACGAAGAUGACAAAGGAUUCUUCAACUGUAACUCCAGUGACGUGAAGCCACCCGAUUCUGUCACCCAUUCUACCUCCAACGCUGGACUCAGUCGCUCCUCCACACCCUCCCACAAUACACUAGGAGGUCAGGGCUCCACGACGGAACCUGCUAGUGGCCAGAAACCAGGCUCCAAACUUGUUUAUGUCUUCACCACAGAAAUGGCCAACAAGGCAGCUGAUGCAGUUCUGACUGGCCAUACAGAAAACAUCAUCACCUUCCACAUGAAAAACAUCUCCAACAGCAAAGACAAAGCUCACCUACUUCUGAACAACACAGCAAACGCCCUCCGAAAUGACUCCAAGCCUUCCCAACAAACGCCGUCCCAUGGCCAAGAUCAGAGCCACCAGCCCGGAUCCAAGCCAUCCUUAACGGGCAUGGCAGAGCCGGCGCCACCCCAGUCGGCAAACCAGGGAAGCCAGUCUGGCGCUCUUCCACAGGAUGGCUCAUCAGUUGCAGUCAUUGAUUCAAAGAAUCUUCCCGGCAGUAGCCCCAGCAACAAUGCAGGCCCCAUUGACCAGACACCCAUGAGCCAAGCUGAGGCAGGCCUUAAUGCUGCCACGGCAAGUGAAGUAGGGCAGGGCGUAGGCCCCGGUGGGCCUGGUCUGACGCCCCAGCAGCAGCAGCAACAGUUGGCGCAGGAGCUUUUAAAUAUGGAGGCCAACACAGAAGGUCUAUCCCAAGAGCAGUUGGAGCAUCGCCAGCGCUCGCUGCAGACAUUGCGAGACAUUCAGCGCAUGCUUUUUCCAGAUGAUCGUGAGGCGCCACCCCCGGGGCCUCCACAAUCCCACGGUGGGCCCCACGACGGAGGCCCUGACGGUCCUCCUCGGCGGUCUGAGCCAGGCCCCUUGCAGGCCAUGAUGGCACAAUCUCAAAGCCUUGGACCACCAAGUGGGCCAGGGGGACCUCGCCCACAAGGUCCACCAUUCGGUCCUCCCCACGGGCCCAGAGACAUGCCUCCUUUUCCGCAGGAUGAAAUGGGUCCCCACAUGGUGGGGCCGGGUGGCUGCGGAGACGGUGAUCAAAUGACCCCAGAACAGGUGGCGUGGUUGAAGUUACAGCAGGAGUUUUAUGAGGAGAAGAGAAAGAAACAAGAAAUGCAACAUCGGCCACUUCCUCCAGACAUGAUGAUGCACCCACACGGUCCACGGGGAAUGAUACGAGGACCUCCACCACCCUAUCAGAUGGGCCCAGGAGAGAUGUGGGGAGGACCAAGUGGGCCACAAGACCCUUACCCAGAACGCAUGGCCAUGGGCCCAGGCCCCGGCCCGAGAGGCAUGCCCCCUCACAUGCAGCGAAUGCCUGCCUUCUCAGGAAUGAUCAAUCCUGAGAUGGAAGGACCCCCGCGGCCAGGAAUGGGGUGGCCUGAUGACAUGCCGCCCCGCAUGGGAGAUGCACGAGGGUUUCCCGGUGGACCAGGGGCCAUGUUUUCUGGCCCUGGUGGUCGAGGGGAGCGCUUCCCAAACCCUCAGUCAGUCCAAGAGGCAAUGUUCCACCAAGGUAUGGGAGGAGAGAAAGGCCUUCCCCCUGGCAUGAUGAUGGACAUGCAAAGGAUGAUGGGCCAUCAAAGAGGUGGAAUGGAACCAGGAAAUGGCAUGGGUAUGUUUCCAAGAAUGCCCGGUGACGGUCCAAUGAGCCCAUCGUCAAGGCUCCAGGGAAUGGGGGGUCGAGAAAUGGGUCCCGAAUUCGGCAUGGGACCUGGUCCAGGGCCUGGACCUCACAUGCACCCUUCCAAACUACGAGACCCUCCAAUGAACAUGAGUCCAGAUGAGAUGAUGAGAAUGAGAGGCGGCCCUCCGAUGGAAAAUAUGACUGGCCAAGGCAGGGCAAUGCAAGGGCCGCCCUUCCCCGAGCAACCACAACCGGGAGACUUUCCUAUGGGGCCUGGGCGUCCUUUCCCUGGGGGUCCCGGAGGAAUGAGGGGCCCGCACGGAGAGCAACCGUUUGGCCCAGAACACAGAGCCACACCAACGGGAGGCAACGGUCGCAUGAACCACCUACCCCCCAAUGCUGGUCCUUCACAGGGCCAAAGAGGUCGCAAGCCAGCAGAUUUGAAUGUCCAAGCUGGCGGGGGCAACUCUCCUAGCGUCAACCCACUCAAGUCCCCUCCUCUGAGGCAGGUGCAGUCCCCCAUGAUGGGCUCACCUUCUGGAAACCUCAAAUCACCUCAGACACCGUCCCAGCUGGCCGGCAUGCUCACGGGUCCCGCAGGCCCCCAGCCCCCUGCAGCACCCCCAUCAUCUGCGCCAAUGAAGUCACCGCACUCCAUGAUGGGAUCGGCGGGAGCUUCCCCGGUUCACAUGAGGUCUCCUUCUCUUCCCAAUCCCUCGCCGGGUUGGGCCUCCUCACCAAAGCCUCCCAUGCAAAGUCCUGGAGUGCCACAACAAGGUGGCAAGCCCCCUCUCAGUCUCACCUCACCAAACAUGAUGGGGAACAUGGAGCAAGGUGGUAAUGGCCCUUCCUCUGCCCCACCGUCGUCCGGCGCGCCGUCUGGCCCAAUGUCCCUCCCUGGCAACGUGCCGUCAGGCAGCCCUUACACCAUCCCGCCUGAGCCCACGCUCUCUCAGAACCCGCUCUCCAUUAUGAUGUCUCGCAUGUCCAAGUUUGCCAUGCCCAGCUCCACGCCGCUCUAUCAUGACGCCAUCAAGACAGUCGCCAGUUCCGACGACGACUCGCCCCCUGCCCGCUCCCCCAACCUUCCUUCAGUUAACAACAAUGGUAUGCCGAUGAACCACCAAGGCAAUCCCCGCAUGAUGGGACCUGGCAACUCUGGACCCAUGCCAGCCCUCAGCCCCCUCGGUAUGAACCCAAUGGGAUCCCAGCCCCUCUCACACGGAAUGCCCCCGCAAAUGCCCUCUCCUAACGCCCCUAACAUGGGCCCCGGCAUGAUGCCUCAUGGCAUGAUGAUCCCCGCUAAUCCGCAAGACCCCGGAAUGGCCAACCCCCAAAUGAUGCCCCAGGGGCGUUUGGGUUAUCCGCACCGAAACCAGGGCUACCCACUGACCCAGUCCCCGUCCCAGCAGGGCCCCUUCUCUCCGCACAACGGGCCCGGUGGCCACCAAGGUUUCCCCGGUCACCCCAUGGGCUUCCAGGGAGAAGGAGGACCGAUGGGAGGACGGAUGGGAAACAUGCCUCACGGAGGUGGACCGGAUGGGGGCAUGUGCAAGCCCAACACCCCCGGAGGACCCGAGUUCAACAACAUGCAAGGCGGCUUCAGCGAGGCGGACCUUCACGAGGUGAUGCGACCGGGAGCAUCCGGCAUCCCUGAGUUCGAUCUGUCCAGGAUUAUCCCGUCGGAAAAGCCCAGCCAGACUCUGUCCUACUUCCCUCGCGGCGGAGGGGACAACCCUGGAGGCAAACCGUCGCACCCCUCCGGCUUUCCCAUGCAGGCCAUGAUGGGCGAGGGCCCCCCAAGAAUGGGAAUGCCCAUGCAGGGGAUGGGAGGGAUGCCGGGGGGGCCCGGCGGUGGUAUGGGGCCCCAAGACAUGCCAAUAGGGAACCCUGGCCACAAUUCCAUGCGCCCACCAGGGUUCAUGGGCCAAGGCAUGAUGGGCCACCAACCACGGAUGAUGUCUCCGGGUGGCCCCGGGGGAAUGAUGCAGGGACGGCAAAUGGCUCACCCCGGACCGGGUGGCUCCCCUAACAUGAUGAUGUCACUGCAGGGCAUGGGCGGUCCGCCGCAACAGACAAUGAUGAUGGGGGGACAGAUGAGGCCGCGUGACAUGGACAUGGGCUUCAGUCCGGGCCCUGGAAUGUUCUAAUUCGCAGACUUUGUAUCUAGAAUGUUCUAGGAUGGAGAAAGAGGUUGAGUGAGGAAGUAUUCUCCAAAAAUGGUCGAUGUAACCUGGAAUCAACUGAACGGAGACACCCGGUCAUGUCUUGCUCGUGGACUGCGGGCACUUUUUCCCCAAUGAAGGUGGGAAUACUUUUUUGCCACAAGAACAAUUUUGACUUACGAACUUGAGAAUGUAUGGAAUUGUUGUGCAUCGGUUUCGCAAAAUAAGAAAAAAAACAUGUUUUUUGGGGGGACUUAUGAGUUGGACAACAAAGAGGAAUCACCCUUGCUCUAAGUCAGUAUGGAGAUGCUACAGUUUAUGUCCAUCUUAUUUUUUCCUUCUCCUAAUUAAGAACAAAACAAAAUAAUGGAUGCGGUAUGGAACAGAAUUGAGAAUUAGUGCUUUGUGAGGACUUGGGUAGAACUCCAUCUUGUCGCCAUUGUUUUUGACUGUUUCUGUACUGUAUAGACAUGUGAGCGUGUGAUUGAAUGUGUGCGUGUGUGUCUGUGUGUGUGUGUAUAGGCAUUCUAUCAGUGACCUCUCGACUCCUAUUACCUGACUUUACUUGGGAGGAGGAAGCGCCACCUCCCCUUAAAAAAUACUGUACUGUUUACGAUUGGUGGGCUAUUCGAAUAUUAGUCUAUUUUAAUUUCCUUUGUAACUCCAGUGUAUAACAAACCAAACUAUGACCUCAUUAAGAUAAUAGUAUUAUUAAAAAAAAAAAAGAAAAAGCACAAACAUGGACCGUCUGCCGAAAGCUCUUCUUUUUUAUUUUUAACCACAUGGUGGGUGGGGCAAGAGAUCCUGAGGGGCUUUGCAGCACACAAUUAGUACCACACAUGAUUACAAGUUCUGCUCCAAAACUUCCAGGACUUCUUUAGCCAGCGUAAAUCCUAUUGCUAAUACCCAGAUGUGCUAUGUGUGUUCUUGUUCCUGUUCUUUUGUUUUUUGUUUUGUUUUUCGACUCUCUUGUUGACUCUGGGUAAAUCAUUCCCACAGCAAUAAUCCCUCCCUUUCCCCUGCUCCCUCCCUCCAACGGUCCAGAGUGGAGUGGGCUCAAUGCCCAAUUGAGGUAUGCCAGGUAACAUAGAACUAGAAUUAGCUAGAUCUGGUGUAACGGUAUAAAAAGUGAGGCCGUGAGUGAGACGCCAAUGUAAACGCGCACUGCUUUUUACCAUCCAGUUGACUUCCUCUCUUUUUCUCUGUUGUAUAAGCUUGUCAUGUGUUUCUCCGUUGGCUUUGGUGCAAAUAGUCUACCAGGGCUGUGGUGAUGGACUACAAAUAAAAGAUAUUGUUUUGGUAUA